AUGUCCUCUCUUGGGCAGGAGGCCUCUCACCGGUUCGCCCUGCCUGCCGGUGGGUCUGGGGCAGCUGUCAAGCAGGAGAGCUUUGUGCUGAGCACGUUGGGGAGGACUGAAGGUCUGGCUGUGCCAGGACUGCUGAAAGCAGCUUGCCAAGAUGAGCUGGGAGACGGAAUGGAGUGGGACUGGCAUGUUCUGCAUAUAGGGAUUGCUUGCUCUCAUGUGUUUGUUUCUUUCUUCAAGGACGUUAAUCUGAAAAUGCCCAGAAAUAAUCAGCUGCUGCACUUUGCAUUUCGGGAAGACAAGCAGUGGAAAUUGCAGCAGAUCCAGGAUGCUAGAAACCAUGUUAACCAAGCCAUUUACCUGCUUAUGAACAGAGAUGUAAACUACCAGUUCAAAACAGGCUCAGAGGUUCUCAAGCUUAUGGAUGCUGUGAUGUUACAGCUCUCAAGAGCCCGAAAUCGGCUUACCACUCCAGCCACUCUGACUCUACCAGAGAUUGCCUCCAGUGGUCUCACAAACUUUAAGCCUUCUGGAGGGUCCAUUUUACACAACCCUGGAGCCAUGUUUGAGUUUGGCAGCCAGCGGUAUGAAGUCAGCCAUGUCCAUAGAGUGGAAUGUGUUGUGCCAUGGUUGAAUGAUGCCCUUGUCUUCUUCACAGUUUCACUGCAGCUUUGCCAGCAACUGAAGGACAAGAUCUCUGUUUUCUCCAGUUACUGGAACUACAGGCCAUAUUAA